UCUCGCUCACAAACUGUGCCAGAUUGUGAGAACACCUUCCCUUCCAAACUGUCUUCAACUCCCCCCCACCACCAAGACCCACGCGUACCGCCAUCAACGCUACCGAGUAAUUCAUGAGAAUGUAAUCGCCUCCGUCGCAUGAUGGGCCGGAGAACAGAGAGAAAACACCUCUCCACCAAGUCCCACACCCUCCCCUCCUCCCCCACCUACUCCUCCUCCUCCUCCUCCUCCGACUUCGAAUUCACCAUCUCCCACUCACCCAGAAAAUCCUCCCCCGCCCUCUGCCCUGCCGACGAACUUUUCUACAAAGGCCAACUUCUCCCCCUCCACCUCUCUCCUCGUCUCUCCAUGGUACGAACCCUCCUCCUCGCCUCCUCCUCCAAGUCCUCCUCCUCCGACACCACCACCACCGCCUCCCGUGACUCCCAUUCCUCCACGGAUUCCCACUCCUCCACAUCCAGUGACCUCCUUCUCCACCACCUCCCCGACUGCGACUCCUCCCGCCCCAGCUCCGCCACUGACGACGAAUUCAAAAGCCUAAACACCACCACCUCUUCACUCAAUUAUCCAAAAAAAUCAUCGAAAUACUUCUCCCUCUCUCGAUUCUCUUCGGUUUUUCGUAAAGAACCCAAAAACACAUCUUCAUCUUCAUCUUCAACCACACCUUCAUCAUCUGUGAAGCGUGUGAGUUCAACUGCUAGAGACGUCAUUCGAAAGUACUUGAAAAAAGUCAAGCCUUUAUACGAAAAACUCUCGCAAAAACAUCAACAGAAAAUUCCCUCAAAACCCGAUGGAUCCAUCGAAAAAACAUCUCAAAUCUCUGCGCAUGAAGAUUCUCGAAAAGAGAGCACCAAUGCAACAAUUUCACACUCAUUCUCGGGGAAUUUAAGAUAUCCCAGACGUAGAAAUUGCAUAGGUUCGAGCUGUCCAUCGUCCAUAAGAUCAUCACCGAGCCACUCUGGGGUUAUCAGUAAAAAGGGGUUCGCAGUUCAACCCGUGAACGGGUAUUCGGAUUCUUCUUCUUCCAUGGAGGAGUUGCAGAAUGCAAUCCAGGGUGCAAUCGCGCAUUGCAAGAGCUCUAUGAACAAGACUUUGGUCAGUAAUGAAAUCUGAAGAAUAAUUAGCCAAAAAAAAGUGUUUUUUGCUUGUUCGUUAAUUUGUUUUGGGGGUUGGAAGACUUAAAACUCUUUAACGUUUUCUCUUAACUUAAUUAUUAAUUAACCAGCAACGUAAUUUGCAAUGCACGUGAUACUAUUAUGGAUUUUACUUAUUUCUGGAUUUUCUUCUUUGUUUGAUGCAUGAAUAUGAACAAAUAUUGUGGGAGCCUAUGUUUUGGAAUCUUGAAUUUUGAUAUUGUCAGUGCA